AUGGCCGACAUCAACGUUCUUACCGUCACCGCAUCUGAGCUAGAAGCCAAGCUCAAUGGCAAUUCAAUCACCAGCAGGCAACUAGUUAAGCUCUACCUCAGCCAAAUAGCCAAAUAUAACGGAUAUCUAAAAGCCGUCAUCGCUGUUGCGCCGGAAGAACUUCUGGGCGAGACAGCAGCUAGACUUGAUGCCGAACGAGCCGCGGGCAACGUCCGCGGGCCACUACAUGGCAUUCCCAUCCUUCUCAAGGACAACAUCGCCACCGUCCUGGAGCUGGGAUUGCCCACUACCGGCGGCAGUCUUGCGCUUGUCGGCUCCCGACCGAGAAAGAAUGCAGAAAUUGUUGACCAGCUCAUAGAUGCGGGCGUCAUCAUCAUUGGCAAAGCAAACUUAUCUGUGAGUCAUCGCGAUGCAGGUGUGCUGGCAACCUUUCCUAACUUUUUGGGGUGGUCUGCUGUGGGUGGCCAGACGCAGUCUGCAUAUGUCCGGGGUGGCCUUCGCGAGGACGAUUCCAUUGGCGGCCACAGCAGCCCUGGAGGUUCCUCCACCGGUUCUGCUGUUGCAGUCGCUGCUGGAUUUUCGCCCAUUGCCGUCGGAGCCGAUACCAUGGGUUCCCUCAUCAUGCCCAGCGAUAGGUCCGCAUUGUAUACGAUCAAGCCUACCGUAAAGAUUGUGUCGCAAACUGGCAUCAUUCCCAUCACUCUCGAGCUAGACUCCGCCGGUCCAAUGGCUAAAUCGGCCUUGGACCUCGCAAAUCUCCUUCAAAUCCUUGUAGAUCCGAGCAAGCCGACGAUACCGGAAGGUGGGUACAAGAGCGCUGCGACUGGUUCAUGGGACAACAUCCGGAUCGGCAUCUUGGAACCUGAAAAAUGGCUGUUUGAUACGAAACUCGUCAAAUAUGAGAAGCAGGCGACAGAUCAAAUGCUACGAGAGUGGAAGCAGGCUUACGAGAAACUGAAAUCUGUAGCCAAAGUUGUGAAACCUGUGACUCUGAUAUCACUAGAAGAAUCGACCGACAAUGGAAAGAUUAAAAUAUGGAACGCCUUCGACACAACGUUCAAGGAUCUCAUAAAAGAAUAUCUCUCGGGAGUUGACAACAGCAAAAUACAUUCACUUGAAGAUCUCAUCGAGUUUAAUAAAACUCAUGCAGACAAGGAACUCCCCCCAGGUGCGGAUAAUCAAGCAGCUCUUCUCAGAGCCGUGCAGGCAAAGAUGUCCGAUGAUGAGUAUAAUGAAAUUAUGAACAGCGCUCGCGAACUCUGUGGUAAGAAGGGAAUUGAUAAGACACUCGAGGAGAACGAUAUCGACAUCAUCAUUGGACCCGGAGAUGGCCCAAUGUUUGGCAUUGCCCUCACAGCAGGUUACCCAGUUGCGACGGUGCCUCUUGGUUAUCUUGAGUUCAACGGGCGGCCCUUUGGCAUGCAAAUUGCGGCCAAAGCACACCAGGAAGGUUUGCUGAUUCAGGCUCAGAGCGCAUGGGAGGCAACUUUCCCGAAGCGCCAGCCGCCACCGCUGCACGAAAUAGCUCUCAAUUGA